GAAGCCUGACCUACAAAGAAAAACUCUGAGAUAAAUAAUAUUUUGAGAUUAAUUAAAUGUGGUAAUCGCCCAGGAGGCUUCAGCUGUAGCUCCUACAGAACUCUAUCUCCCGGGAUCCUUUGCGUUGUUCUACGCUUGCGUCAGAAGUGCGACGAAAAUCUGUAGGAAAACAAGCCAAACACGGGUAAGCCGAAAGAAGAACAGUUAUUAGCAUAAUUCAAAUAUGGAGUCAGAACAAGCAAAAGAAGAAUGUGCUCCAAACCAGCCAGCCCCCGCGCCUCAAUCGCAGACACGCAAACAACGACUUCAGAGCUCCAAAGAAAAAUCUCAGGCUCAGGGAGAAGUAAAACCAAAACCCAGGCCUCGCUACACAGACAAGGCAAGGAAGAAUGCCAAGAACAAGAAGGACAAGGCUGGAGCAGCAGAUAAGGGAGCUCCUGAUGGAGGAGAGGCAAAGAAUGAAGAUCCCGUUGUGCAGGAAGAGCAUUUACAGAAUGCAGAUGUACAGGCGAACGGUGUGCCUGACUCAACCAACGAAGAAGCUGAUGCUUCCUUAUGGCGAGAAGCACCAGCCUCUGAGGAGGAAGAGGAAGAGGUGGAGCAAGAAGAGGAGGAGAGUUGGGACACCUUGUUCAAUGAUGAUGGAGAUUGCCUGGAGCCACACCUGCUGGAAGAGCUGGCUUUGAAGGAAGGUAGAAAGAAAAAGUCACUGCAGGAGCCCAGGUUUGAUUACUACAACAUGGACAGAGAUGGCGAUGACGACAUCGACCUCACAGAGGAUGAACUUGCUCACAUUGUAGAGAUCUACGACUUUCCUGCUGAAUUCAAGAUUGAGGACCUUCUCAAGUUAUUUCAGUGCUUCCAACAAAGGGGGUUUGACAUCAAGUGGGUUGAUGACUCACACGCGCUGGGCCUCUUCUCAAGCCCCAUCGCAGCUCGUGAAGCUUUAAGAUCCAAACAUCCUCUCAUGAAGUUACGACCUCUUUCCAAAUCCUCCUCCGACAUGAAGGCCAAAGCUCGCAGCUGCUCAGACUACCUCCUGCCGGCUAAAGAGAGACCUCAGACCAGUGCGAUGCUGGCUCGCAAACUGGUGAUGGGCGCCCUCGGUGUGAAGAGCAACGUGACGAAGGAGCAGAGCGACGCAGAGAGGAAGAAGCUCCAGGAGGCGAGAGAACAAAAGCGCCUGGCAGCCAAACAGCAGGAAGACGCUUGGGAAGGAAAGUGAUUGGACAGAAACUACGGUUUUACUUUAGUUUAGUUUUCUCCUUUCAGCAGAGGCGUAAGUCUUUUUCCAACAGGACACUCAUUCCUAACACCACAUUUCCCAUGAAUGGAGCUUCAUCUUUUGUUCUUUCUUUUUGCCACAGUCCUUCACCAACUGUUACUUAAGGUCCCAUCAUUCACUGUGCGUUGGCCUGAAGGGUUAAAUCAGAUGAGGGGGGGGGCCCAGCUAUUGUUUGCUUAUUUUUUAUGUUCUUUUUUGUCUGUGUGCUGGAAACGUUGCGUCAGUGCCGAGGCUAAAACAGCCCAACGUUUCCUUUCUUAUUUUUUAACAUCGUAUCCAUAGUCUGUAGUGAAAGAGAGUCUUACCAUUUGUCUACCGUAAUUUAAUCUUAAAAAACAUGGUUUUCUUAUUAUUCAUUUUGUCAAAUGUUUUCUGAUGAGUAAAUCUUGUAAAUGUGAGGGAAGCUGCUAUUCAUCACCAUACAGUGCAUCGCUAUACUAUAAAGAAAUGAUGGAAUUAGACUUUGUUAGACCUUUAGCGUGUGCUAUUAAACAUGUUUUGAGAAUUCAACAGCCUCCAAAAUGCUAUCACUGCUCCCUCUGUUAAAUCCUAGAGACAUUCUUAUUUAGUAUUACAAACUCUUCUGUAGAAAUAUUCAAUGAGAGGAGUCUGGCAGGCACAAGUGAUGAUGAUUAUUAUUCAGUUGUCAUUUAAUAUGAUGAAAAGCACUUUGGGUUUGUUUUUUUGGAAGGGAAUCAUUUAAGACAAAUGUUAUUGCUGUCAUCAACAUGGACAGGUACAUGCAUUAAACCAUCCUGAACAUCUAGUGUAACACCGUCCAGUAAUUGAGGAAAUUCUAAAUAAAUAAAUUACCAUUUCAAGACAUUAUUUAUGACAUGCAUUUCAUUUUGGUAUAUUUGAAAAUCCUGAACAGCUGGUUGUGCACUUUGUUAAGCUGCAGUUUACCUAUAAAUGAGUUGUUGAUGACGGGAGGUUCAGCAUCAGACUGGAUGAUGUGUUUCUGCUCCAGUUGACGUCUAACGUCAUCAUAAUAGUUCAAGAUUGUCACAACUCUUCCUCUCUGCUUUAGAUUUAAACAAGUGUUGUUUGCUGCUUGUCUUUGUUCCUUGACUUUAUUCUUCUAAAACCUGUGCUUUACCCAGCUGACCACAUGACCAUCUCCUUCUUCUCUUCAGCCAAUCAUCAAGUCUUAUUCUCCUUCUUUGAGAGAGCUGCUCAAUUAGUUGAAAUACAAAAUAUAGCUGGCUAAAUAGAUGUUCGAAGAGCUGUCUUUGUGUUUGUGAAGGUCAAGUCAACCAGUACAUAUAUAUUUAUAAAUCAGUGGUGUUGAUGCUGCUGUAAGGAACCAAGUAUGUGUAACCGGUGUCACAGUGAGACGGACCUGACUGACAGCGAGCCAACUAAAGCCUCACAGGAGGUUUAGCUUUGUGUUUAUAUCCUUUAGAUUCAGUAGCACAAAAUAACACUGUUGCACUGUUGAAAUAUAAUCUCUGCAAGUAUUAAUCUCUAUUUUGCAAGUUGGCUUGUUUCCCAAGACGUCAGGAAUGAUGGAUCUUUAUUGUCAGAAUGUGCUCUAAAUGUUUGGAGCACAACAUAAAACUACAUAUUUAGCGAGAAAAUGGGAUUUUUUAAGGGGCAGUAAAACCAUCUGAUGGUGUUGUGUUACUUAUGCAUGCCGUCAUGUAAUAAUUUGUCAACCUUUUCAGAUAGUCAAUGUGAUGUGACAUAAAUAUGCAACGAAGAUGAAAUUGUUUGACAUUUGGUUGUGAUUAUUUUAUUUUAUUUGCUGCUUUUACUCGUAGGAUAUUUAAUUUUAAAUGAAUAUUUAUUCAUGAUCUUAUUCAGUUAACUUACCGAUAACUCUUUAUCUUAAAAUAAUAAGUCACAAUAAUGGACACAUAAUGUGCUCUACGUUGAUUUGUCAUCACUUAAACUGACACACAUAGUUUCAUUGUUUUCAGCUGGUCUGCUUCGGUCUAAUAACCUUCUUACAUGAUUUCCAGCAUGGAAUAAAAGCCGAUGUGGAACCACUUCUUCAUAGUGGA